CUUCACGUCCCCUGCUAGUGGGGGUUAGUGAAGGCCAACAAAGAGUUGCCAGGCCCCCUCGGACUGGAACCACACUGGAGAUGAUCUUCUAAGCAGAUUCCCCCUUCCGAACUGGGGAUGUGGGGCUUUGAAACGCGAAAAUGCCAGGUCUGAAAGAGAAGAAAGAGCCAGUCCAGCAACACACAGGGCUCUGUGUAUUCAGAGGGAAGUUGGCAGGGCUGUGUUCGGGCAGAGAAACUCCGAGUGGUACAAAGGGACGUGCCCAGAGUGGAGAAAUCAUGCUAAUUGUCUGCACCAGAGCUGGAGAACGCCACCCAAAAUGAAGAGAGAAAGGGGAGCCCCGUGCGGAGCCCUCAUUGUCCUGCGCCUCGCUCCUUUUGUGUACCUUCUUCUCAUCCAGACAGAGCCGCUGGAGGGCGUGAACAUCACCAGCCCGGUGCGCCUGAUCCAUGGCACAGUGGGGAGGUCGGCCCUGCUCUCCGUGCACUACAGCAGCACCAGCAGCGACAAGCCCGUGGUGAAGUGGCAGCUGAAGCGCGACAAGCCAGUGACCGUGGUGCAGUCUAUCGGCACAGAGGUCAUCGGCACCCUGCGGCCCGACUACCGGGACCGCAUCCGCCUCUUCGACAACGGCUCCCUGCUGCUCAGUGACCUGCAGUUGGCUGACGAGGGCACCUAUGAGGUGGAGAUCUCCAUCACCGACGACACCUUCACUGGCGAGAAGACCAUCAACCUCACUGUGGACGUGCCCAUUUCCAGGCCGCAGGUGGUCGUGGCUUCGACCACGGUGCUGGAGCUCAGCGAGGCCUUCACCCUGAACUGCUCACACGAGAAUGGCACCAAGCCCAGCUACACCUGGCUGAAGGACGGCAAGCCCCUCCUCAACGACUCCAGGAUGCUCCUGUCCCCCGACCAGAAGGUGCUCACCAUCACGCGCGUGCUGAUGGACGACGACGACCUGUACAGCUGCGUGGUGGAGAACCCCAUCAGCGAGGGCCGCAGCCUGCCCGUCAGGAUCACCGUGUACCGAAGAAGCUCCCUCUACAUCAUCCUGUCCACUGGCGGCAUUUUCCUCCUGGUGACCUUGGUGACGGUCUGUGCCUGCUGGAAACCCUCCAAAAAGUCUAGGAAAAAGAGGAAGUUGGAGCAGCAAAGCUCCCUAGAGUACAUGGACCAGAACGACGAGCGCCUGAAGGUGGAAGGUGAGCUGCCAGCUGCCCACUCGCCCGUCCCCACGCCACUCAGACCCGUGGGCUGCUGGGAGAAGGCAGACUUGAGCAACAAGGACACCAGCUCGCCUGGGCCCCUUCCACCACCAACUGCCCGCAGACUGCAGAGCAGAGAGAGGUGUGGCCAAGCAGACAGCCUGCCCCGAAGCACCGAGCAGGAGCGGAAGAACCCCCUGGCUCUGUACAUCCUGAAGGAUAAGGACCCCGCAGAGCUGGAGGAGAGCGCUUCCCCGGAGCCCCGCGCCCCGGAGCCCGGGCCGCCCGGCUACUCGGUGUCCGCGGCCGUCCCCGGCCGCUCGCCCGCCCUGCCCAUGCGCUCGGCCCGCCGCUACCCGCGCUCGCCCGCGCGCUCGCCCGCCGCCGGCCGGACGCACACGUCGCCAACCCGCGCGCCCAGCUCGCCCGGCCGCUCGCGGGCACUGCGGACUGCGGGCGUGCACCUUAUCCGCGAACAAGACGAGGGCGGAGCCGUGGAGAUCAGCGCCUGAGCCGCCCCGGACGCGCCCUCGGCCCGCGGCCGCGCCCGCAAGGGGCGCGGGGCUGGCGCUCCAGGGGGACCCGGCGGCCUGGGGGGAGCUUCUGGUGGGAGCCCGGCCCACGUGUGCUCGGGACCCACUCCCUGGGUUUCUCAGGGGGUCUGGGUGGCGCCCUCUUAGGACCAGCUAGAUGACUGGUCACUUCCCCAGCCCCAAGCCCCCCAGGGCGGCGGAAACUAACAUGAGUAACCUAACUCCCCAUGACGCCCCUGCGGCCUGCCCAGGAGCUCCUGCUGCCCCCCACCUCCCUGCCACCCCUGUCCAGCCCCCCAACAACUAACGGGCAUGUUCUUGGCAGCCUGCCCCCGCCCCCUCCCUCCAUGCAACCUGGUUUCUAAAUUGAACUCUGGUCCUAGACAUGGGGGCCCCCACCAGCUCCCCGGAAAGCAAGACCCUGGGAGGGACAUGCCUAUACACACACACACACACACACACACACACACACACACACCCCACACACACACACACACACACACACCACACACACACACACACACACACACACACACACACACACACACACACCCUCUGCCUUCUCCCAGCCGACACGCUGAGGCUUUCAAACAAUCACUGAUCCCGGGAACCCCAGCGGAGCUUCCUCCCCUGCCAGCAUGGCUGGGAGACACGAUCCAGCCUCCCCCUCCACCUGCCCUGCUCCAUCCGAUGCUCAGGCUCCAGGGGUCUGUGGGCACAGGACAGACUCCCAUAAUCACACACAUCAGAGGGGCCGGGAGACUGGGGACAGGGGGCACCCCUAAGCUGCAGGAGGAGGCCCUGGGUGGGGUCUGCUCUAGUCCCUAAUGUUUCCUGGGGUCUGGGCAUCCCUGGCCUCACCCCCACCUCCUGAGCUCCAGCUCUGACAGUCCCCAACCCCACAGAGCUAUUCCCCACAGCCUGCCUGCUGGAGCCAGCUCCCUGGCAGCCCCUGACACCCAUGUUUCUAGCUGCCUCUCCCCAUACCACCCCCAACUGUCCCCACCCCACCCCCAACUGUCCUGGGGCACUUCUCAUUCUCCCUGGAGUAGGUCCCUGAUUAGCCUUCCCCAGGGCCUUCGGGAGGCAGACUGGGCAUGUGGGGAAACUGGGGGGCCUGGGGUCAGCCAGGAGUGAGAGGGAAGCAGGCCAUGCUCCAGCCCCUGGGCCUGACCCCCCCACCUGCAGGGCGGCUUCCAGGCUCAAGCCAAAUCCGCCUUCACCCUGGGGGACCAGAACGGAAGUGGGUUUUCGGUGGGGUUGGGUUUUAUGUCGCUCUUCAUCUUUGUGGUACUGGCAUCCGGCGGAGUGCCUAGCACAUCCCGGGUGCUCAAUAAACUUUUGAUGAAAUGAAAUGACAGCUUGAUUU